GUCGUCGCCUCGUCCAUACGUCCCAUCGGCGUGCGUGGUGCGUUGUGGCUGUUGUAUGCUGUUCACUCCGCGGCAUGUACGCUGCGGCCGGCGGCCUGUGGUGCUCCAGCGCCGGGCUGCGGGCCUUGCGGCGCAUCUGCGAUGCCGCACUCCUUCCUGGACGCGCGCGAGGCCUGCACGGUUCUGCCGUCUCCUGUGGCAGCAAGAACUUGCUCAAGAAAUUUGCCUCGAAAACCAGAAAGAAGUUUUGGUAUGAAGGUCCUUCUCUGGGGUCUCACUUGACUCAGAAGCCAUCCAAGCUGGAAUUUCUCAUGAAGAGUACCUCAAAGAAGGCCAAGAAGGAAGACCAUGUGCGCCUGAGGGCCCUGAAUGGCCUUCUCUACAAAGCGCUGACAGAUUUGCUGUGCACCCCUGAAGUGAGCCAGGAGGUCUAUGACCUGAAUGUGGAGCUCUCCAAGGUUUCUCUCACUUCAGACUUCUCAGCCUGCCGCGUAUACUGGAAGACCAGUUUCUCUGCACCCCAGAAUGAGCACACAGAGGCCGUGCUGCAGAGGAGUGCUGCACACAUGAGGCACCUUUUGAUGUCCCAGCAGACCCUGAGGAAUAUGCCACCAAUAGUGUUUGUUCAAGACAGAAAACACGCAGUUCUGGCUGAGAUGGAUCAGUUGCUGGCAGUUGCUGACUUUGGACCAUCAGAUGAAAGGGAUGACUUGGCAGGAGAUGAUUUGAGGAACCCUGGUGCUCUGUUACCACCUGACUCCCCAGGAUCUGCUAUGAACUCAAGUCUGUGUGGGAUCGACCAUGAGGCACUCAACAAACAAAUAAUGGAGUACAAACGGGGGAAGGAGAAGGGGCUCCGGGGAGUGAGCCUGGUUCCACGGCUGUUGGAGCAGGAGCAGGCUACUGGGCUGAUACAGUGGGUAAGAAGGAGAAAAAAGGUCCCACCACACCAGGACCGAGAUGCUUCCCCCAGAAGCUUCCUUUCGGGUGAGGAGGAGGAGGAAGACAAUGAGGAUGGCACCCUGGGGUGUGGAUGUCAAACCCAGGAAGCAGAGGAUGAGUGGAGAGUAGAGGCCAGAGGUGAUGUGGUGCAGCGAGACCCUUGUGGCAGAACAGGGCAGGGGUAGGGCAAGGCCUCAGCACUGCCCACCUGUACCUGCUGGACAUUGCGUGAGGUUCGUGGUCUGUACUUGAGAGACAGUUGGUGAGGUGAAACCUUGGUGGGUUGCCCAUUCCCCUGCUGCUGGACUUUCAGUAGUUCUUCCAUGUAUCUAAACUUUUACACUUUCUACCAAAACUCACUGUUUUUCUCUUAACGCUCUGCAAUAAAAAAUAUAAAUGGUUAUCUUAUCACUGACCCUCACAAAUGUGACGAGAGUAAAAUCAUGUCUCAGAGUUACCAGUACAGGCAGCUCCACCACAGAGCCAGACCUGGGCUGUAGCUACCAAAGGACUGAGGACAGAGUCUACAGGCCCACCUUUGCAGACCUUCCCAAGGUGGUGUUCAGUGUUGGUCCUAAUUAUGGCCUCUUUAGUACGGCUUUGUGCUCUGGUUACACCUUCUGAUUGAAGAGGAAGUGUGCGUCAUUGAGUUCGGGGGACUCCUGAGUGAUCCUGGCUGUGACCAAGGUCCCUAAAGUAGUGACAGACUACUUGGUGCCUCUGUCCAGCUGGUGUUUUUUCUAAAAUCCACCCAUGUGUUAAUAGGCUUGGUUUUUGCCCUCUAGAGUGUGUGACUCUUGGACACUAGAGGGAACAGCUUCUUUCUGUUGUGCUGAAUUCUUUCUAUCAGCUCUGAGGUGAAUCAUUUUACUCUUUACCAGAAGAA